UGGCUGCACACUCCGUUCGCUCCAGUCACACAUUCGGAUUCCUCCACUCACCCAGGGAGACGCACAGGGAAGGCUAAGACUAAGGCUCAGCCUCGCUUCUCUUUCUCGCUCUCUCCCCCACACCCGCUCGUGCGCGCACCACACCCGCCCAUACACAGACACACACUCUCGCACACGCACACCGAGUCACUCCCCCUCGCACGCCCUCGCCCCCGGGCCGCCUCCCGGCCGCGAGGCUCGCGAUCUUCCUCCUCUCUUCAUUCGCCGGCGGCUACGGCAGCGCCCAGCUCUCCGGCCUGUGGCCGGGGCAGCUCGCCCUGCCCGGACCCGCCGGGCACCGAGGGCCCGCCUGCGGUCCUCUCGUUCAGAUCCACCCACCCCCCUCCCGCCGGCUCCAGCUCCCCGCUUCCCUCCUCCCCCUAGCCCCGCCCCGCGCCCCCGCCGCCUCCCCCCUAGGGAGAGGGACCUCGCCAUCCAGCCGGUGGCCCGCUAGUCUCGGCUUCCCGCGACGCUGCGAUUGGCGGGGGCAGCGAGCGAAGGAGCAAGCUAGGCGGGCAGGAGGGGAGGGAGGGAGGGAGGGAAGGAAGGAAGGAAAGAAGGAAGAAGGGGGGCGCGCUGCCGAGCCCCGGGCGGAGAGGCGGCGGGGGAGGAGGAGGGACGGAGCGCCUGGCGGACGCCGAGAGAGAGAGAGAGAGAGAGCGAGCGGACUUCACCUAGCUGAGAAGCAGCGCGAGCCACCGUUCCACUCUCCCGGCGCCGAGCCGCUGGGACUCCCUCAGCCUCGGCCAGAUCCCGGCUCCGGGCUCCGGGCUCCGGGUUUCAGCUUCCCGGGGAGCCCAGGGCGCGGGAGGGGCCGGGGGCUUUCUGAGCCUGAGGGGUUGCUGAGCUAAUUCCAAGCUGGUGUGUGACUCUUCUGAGACACGGUUACUUGUCCUGAGAGCUGGCGUCACCAUGGCUGCUGGAGUUGCAGCUUGGCUGCCCUUUGCCAGGGCAGCAGCCAUUGGCUGGAUGCCCGUGGCCAACUGCCCUAUGCCCCUGGCCCCAGCUGACAAGAACAAGAGGCAGGAUGAGCUGAUCAUCCUCAACGUGAGUGGACGCAGGUUCCAGACAUGGCGGACCACCUUGGAGCGCUACCCUGAUACCCUGUUGGGCAGCACUGAGAAGGAAUUCUUUUUCAAUGAGGACACCAAGGAGUAUUUCUUUGACCGAGACCCAGAGGUAUUCCGCUGUGUCCUCAACUUCUACCGCACAGGGAAGCUGCAUUACCCCCGAUACGAAUGCAUCUCUGCCUAUGAUGAUGAGCUGGCUUUCUAUGGCAUCCUUCCAGAGAUCAUUGGUGACUGUUGUUAUGAAGAGUACAAGGACCGCAAGCGGGAGAAUGCAGAGCGGCUGAUGGAUGACAAUGACUCUGAGAACAACCAGGAAUCCUUGCCAUCCCUCAGUUUCCGUCAGACCAUGUGGAGGGCCUUUGAGAACCCGCACACAAGCACUCUGGCCUUGGUCUUCUACUAUGUCACAGGCUUCUUCAUUGCGGUUUCCGUCAUCACUAAUGUAGUGGAGACGGUGCCCUGCGGCACUGUGCCCGGGAACAAGGAGUUGCCGUGUGGUGAGCGUUACGCGGUGGCCUUCUUCUGUCUGGACACGGCCUGUGUCAUGAUCUUUACUGUUGAAUACCUGCUAAGGCUCUUUGCAGCACCUAGCCGCUACCGCUUUAUCCGGAGUGUGAUGAGUAUCAUUGAUGUGGUGGCCAUCAUGCCCUACUACAUUGGCCUAGUGAUGACCGACAACGAGGAUGUGUCUGGCGCCUUUGUCACACUCCGGGUGUUCCGAGUCUUCAGAAUUUUCAAGUUCUCCCGACACUCCCAGGGCUUGCGAAUCCUGGGUUAUACACUUAAAAGUUGUGCAUCAGAGCUAGGCUUCCUCCUCUUUUCCCUCACCAUGGCCAUCAUUAUCUUUGCCACUGUGAUGUUUUAUGCCGAGAAGGGCUCUUCUGCCAGCAAAUUCACAAGCAUCCCAGCUUCCUUUUGGUAUACCAUUGUCACCAUGACUACAUUGGGGUAUGGGGACAUGGUACCCAAGACCAUCGCAGGGAAAAUCUUUGGUUCCAUCUGCUCCCUCAGUGGUGUCCUGGUCAUCGCCCUACCUGUCCCUGUUAUCGUCUCCAACUUCAGUCGGAUUUACCACCAGAAUCAGAGAGCUGACAAGCGACGGGCACAAAAGAAAGCCCGCCUUGCCAGGAUCCGUGUGGCCAAGACUGGAAGUUCCAACGCCUACCUGCACAGCAAGAGGAAUGGUCUUCUCAACGAAGCCCUGGAGAUGACAGGUUCCCCAGAGGAUGAGCAUAUGACUAAGACCACAUCACUCAUUGAGAGCCAGCAUCACCACCUGCUGCACUGCUUGGAGAAAACGACUGGGUUGUCCUAUCUUGUGGAUGAUCCCCUGUUAUCUGUACGAACUUCCACCAUCAAGAACCAUGAGUUUAUCGAUGAGCAAAUGUUCGAGCAGAACUGCAUGGAGAGCUCAAUGCAGAAUUACCCAUCCACAAGAAGCCCUUCACUGUCCAGCCACCAGGGUCUAACCACCUCCUGCUGCUCCCGUCGAAGCAAGAAGACCACCCACCUGCCCAAUUCCAACCUGCCUGCCACCCGCCUGAGGAGCAUGCAAGAGCUCAGUACCAUUCACAUCCAGGGCAGUGAACAGCCCUCACUCACUACCAGUCGUUCCAGCCUUAAUUUGAAAGCAGAUGAUGGACUGAGACCCAACUGCAAAGGAUCCCAGAUCACUACAGCCAUCAUCAGCAUCCCCACUCCCCCAGCGCUGACCCCGGAGGGGGAGAGCCGACCGCCACCAUGUAGCCCCGGCCCCACCACGAACAUUCCCCCCAUAGGCAGCAACAUCGUCAAGGUCUCCGCCUUGUAAAGCCACUGGAGGAAGGGCUGGUGGAAGGGGUGGCAGGAGGGACGGGGAGGUGAAGGGAGCCUGUGGGGCAGUGGUGACCAUGACCAGGCUGUUCCCUUCUCCUUCCCCUGCCACUCCUGCCUAUCCUGGUUGUCCCCCUCGCAGUGAAACUGAGCCUGCAAGCAGGAAGGAGACGCUACUACAGCCAUUGGCAGAGGGGACAAAGCUCUGGGUGCCAUUACCCCACUCGGAGGCCACCCAGAGGCAGGGUGAAAGGCAGGGGUCAGGGGCCUGGGGAGGGACCGUGUGCCAGGCCAGGGCCUGGUGGGGUGUGUAAGGGGGGAGCCUCAGAUCAAACUGAUUGUUUCUGGAGACCCCAACAAGGAAAACAAAAGAUCGAGAGCAGCACAGAGGCCGAGAAAUCACAUGCAAAGCAGGAAGGAAAUAUUAACACUGUGUAUUUAAGCACCUUUUUCAAGGCUUUUAAUGGAUAAUAUUUAUUCAUGGGACAUGACUGAAAAAAAAAAGGUGGAAAACAAAACAGAAAAACAACAGAUUUUUGUGAAAUGUUUUUCUCCAUGGACCCAAUACCUUUAACUAAACCAAAACAAUGCAUUUUAUGAGGUUUUUUUUCUCCUUUUAUAGUGAAAGGCUUUAGGCCAAGAUGUCAGUUGUUCCUGAGUUUUCUCUCCUUCCCCCACCCUGAGGUGGGUGAAUCUGGGCCAUGAGCCCACUGAAGCCUGAGUGACCCACACAGUAGCCAUGUGACCACAUUGCAGCUCUUGCUCUCUCCAAGUCUAUCCUUCUGUCUCCUGUCUCUUUGUACGUGGUUACUGCCUUUCCCUUUCUUUGUCUUUGUUUAGCUGUCUCUCCACGGCUCUCAGUACAGCUUGGGUUUGUGAAUGGCCUUCUUGGCCACUGAAGUACAACUACAACUGUAUAUGGUAAAAUCCACCUGCUAGUUAGUGAAAAAUUGUGCUUUCAAAAAACAACAAACAAAAAAAAAGAACAAAACAAAGCAAAACAAAACAAAAACAGAAUGAGGGAGAAAGCCAAGAAGAGACAAGAUGGCACUUCCUAGUCACCUGCCCCACUGGUGUUUUCAAAAUUUGGGUUGCAAGCAAGGUCUCUAGCCUAGGAUCUUAAAAAAGGAAAAAUUGCUCAAGAACCUUUUAUCCUGAUGAAUACCAAAAGGGGGAAAGGCAUUCCGUGGAAUAUCAAGACAACUUUCUUCUCUCCCCCUGCUCUUCCACUGUACUGACCAUAUAGUCUGUUGAGCCCAUUGCCAGGGAACCCUUGGGCAGCUUCCCCUAGACCAUACAAUAGUAAAGGACCUAGGAUACAGCCAACUGGUUUUCAUAUUGGAGACCCUGACUGAAUAGCUGAGCAAAGUUGGUCAUGUGUUCCCAGGAAUACUGUUUUAAGGUGUGGGAACGCGAAUGGUUCUUAGCUGGUGUGUCCAGUGCCAAGGAAGGGGACACGUAAAGGGCUAAGCUCCCUCUGAGCAAGUAGGUAAAGAUGGUUUUUCUUUGGAAAUCUGAGCAUCACUUUUAUGAAGCAGAACUAGGGGCAAUCUCCCCUUGUGUUUCUCACUUUCAGCAGAAAAGAGUGGAUUAACCAAUCUACUAUGAGACCUUUCCAAGUUUAGGGCUUGAUAAAAUCAUCCUUCCUAUUCCCUGGAGUCCCUACCUCAUGAACACUAAUUCAGCCUGGACUCUGAAGGAUUAAGAUGGUCAGGUUAUCUCCUCAACCCCUUGGAGCACCUCAGCAGUUUCUCAAAUCCUGCUGUCCAGCUAAGUGGUAAAUAUUCAUAGAGUUCUGCCUCAGCCCUCUGUAGAUAAGAUUUUUCUGGUCAAGAACUUAAAAUUCACCCUCAUUAGGUCUCCCCAUGACCCUGGCCCUGUAGACCCUUUAAAGGGGUUUCUGAAUUAGCAGCUAAUCACAGGAAAUGAAGAGCUUGGAUAGGGCAAAGGAGAGGGAGCCUUUCCAACCUCAUCUCUUCAUCACGUAUUGACUGUGCACUCACAUUGGUCCUAGCCUCAGAAAUCUUCCCGACACAGGAAGGAGAUGGUUCCUGACUUCUGUGAGCUUAAUGUCUCAGUGGGAAACAAAACAAAUAAACAGUACUGUGCAGCUGUGGACCAUGGAUGUAUAUAUACAUCAGAGUAGCCACACAAACCUGACACACUGAAUCAUCUGUGCUUACAUUCUACUACAUAAUGGUACCUCCUCCGACGGGGAAAAGCAGAGGACUGGGCUGGAGUACAGCAUAAGCCAAACUUGUAGAGGGCAGACGAGGACUUGGUAUGUGAGGGUCUAGUAGGUGAAUAACAUUGCUUUGAGAAGAAAAGCUUUAGGCAAAAUAGAUAAUCCUUCAUCCAACCAAUACAUUUUCCUGUAUCAGAUUUUAAAUUGUGGUCAGCUUCCUAGUGAAGAUCCUGUCUGCAGCAAGUAGGCUAGUCCUCAAUGCCUAGUCUGUUACCAGGCCUAUUCUUGAAGCUUCAAGAAUGUACUGGAAACACCUUCAAAAUCACAAGCUUAUCUCCAUUUGAAGAAGAAGCAUCAGAACAGUAUUUUCAUGAUGGCUAAUCAUCACUUAAAAGUCAUACUGGAUCACAACAACAAUCCAACUCAAGUAUCUCAUCUCAUCACAGAACCAAAGGCUGUUUGGCAUGAAAACAUCUAAAGCAUAAGUAAAAUAGAGGUGUGAAGUGGGGUUUGAAGGUCACCUAAAGUUUUAACUCCCAACAAAUGGACAUAAGAUUUGAGAUGCCCCCAACACUAUUGUGACUCCAAAUUCAGGACUCUUGUUUGUCACUUAGAAUCUGUGUGAACUGAAUCAGUCCCUUCACCCCCCCCCCACUUGAUUUCCUCACUUGUAGAAUGCAUUGGACAAGAUGACCUUUGAGGUACCUUCCACCUCUAACUCUAUUAACUCAUGGUUUCCACCAAAUCUCAAAUUCCUUUGCUCUCCAACUUCACUCUUCACUGCCACUGCCACCACCACCACCACACCUGCCCUCAAAAAUCCUUCAGUCCUUUUCUAAUCCCCACCACUUCAGCCACAGAUGAGAGACCUAAACUAGUUUCUCUUGGGACUAAAGAGGAUGACAAUCAAGUAGCUAUAUAUAGGAGAAAAGUGCUAACAUGAGUGGGUCCUUCCAGUCUGCCAGUUAACAAGAUCCAACUUCCAAACUAUACUAAGUUUAAGUCCCAUUUUUGCAACUCAAAAAAAGGGGGGGGCAGGGCUAGAAUUAUGACUGAGUCUUCUUACACUAGGGAACUUUUUCAGUUUAUGAACCACUUUGGGAUAGAUAAUCCCAUAGCCCAUCCCCCCAACCCAACCUGUCAAGGAGAAGACUUCAAGAUGAACAAGUACAGAGGACAGUCCUAAGUGUUAACACUAUUUGUGUAUUAAUCUUAAAGAUCUAAUCUUCAGCAAGGCUAAGGGACUUUAUGCUUUAGGCUGCAUAGUUCAUUAGUGGCCGAGAACCAGAGUAGAAGCCUUUCUCCACUCCAUUUACUGUCAGACUAAUGAGACACCAAAAUAGGGGAUUAUUGUAGUGAUCUAUUCAUGCCAAAUGCCUAGGAUAGUAAUUGUCACAACACUCAGCAACAAAAGGAGAAUGUGAUCUACCAACUUGGGAGGUAUGAGGAAAGGGAGAGGGAAGCUCAAAGAUCACACUUUGGGAAUCCACUGCUACAGUGGGGAAUUUGCUUUGGGUGCCAAUUCUAACUAUGUAUAAACUGCUUUUUCAGAGCCAAAAAAAUGCAGCUCCCCUUCUAGCCUUUGGAGAGGGUCGAGAAGCACUGACAUUUCAAACUAUAAUCCUUUAAACCAAUUCAGCACUUGUACUUACACUACAUGCUUCUCACAGCCCUAUUAGGUGGGUAGAACAUUUUGUUCCCCAUUUUGCAGGGCAAACUGAGGCUAAUACUUGAGCUAAUGAAUUAAUACAAUUAGGAUGCACAAUUAGCUAGUGCUUUCCCUACUGCAUCACACCAUUUCCCCUAAGAUUAUCAUGCAGAACUCACACCUCUGACAUUCCCUUCAGAGUCUCAUUCCUACUUUUCCAUGAUGUCUUUGCUAACUAGCAUGCCCUUUGAGCUUGGGUCAGUUAUGUGAGAUUGCUCAAAAGACCAGGCCCCCUCAACAGCAGAUCAAGGGCUUCUAAGAACACUGGUGGUCGUUUUUGGCUCCUUUAGAUUGCACAAAGGGGAUACACCCUUAUACACUUGCUACAAAGGAGCUGAUCUCUAAUGCUUACCCAAGGGCCUAACACCAGCACAAAGGAGGGUGAAAUUAGGCAAUACAUCAAUCAACAUGCAUGUACCAUGUACUUACUACAUGCCAGGCAGUGUGUUAAAUGCGGGGGAUAAAAAGAAAAAAGUUUGUAUUCAACAUAUAUUAAAAUGGUGGCCAUGUAAAUCUGACCCCUUAGUUAAGGUGAACUCACAAACUAUCAAGUUGAACCAACAUGUGGGGUCAACCAAGCCUGUGAAGAUUUCUCCUAGUUACUAAUUUGGGAUCUUUCCACACUCUGAGAUAACUUCAUAGAACAGGAAAAAGAGAAGUCGACUUUUUAAGACUGAAAGCAUAGGUCAAAAUUAGGUUUUAAGAUUCUCUGUAGAUUUGAGUGACCCCAGCUUCCCUAUCCCCUAUUACCAGCUGAACUGUGAGGUUGGUUAUGCACACGUACUUUUAAAACGAGUUGACAUAGCAUAGCCAAAUAUCUGCUCCCUUUCCAACUAAAUGGCACUAUGAGGGCAGAACAGGGAAUUGAUGACAUUUUUUUCCUCUUGGACUUCUUUGUGGAGAACCUUAUCAUUUGUGAAGUGCUCCCAGAUGACUAGAGGAAAAGGCACUGUCAUAACCCUUAGAAAGAGGCUCAAAAGAGAAAAGGACCAUCAAAACACAAAAUGUUUUAAAGAGAUUCUUCCUUAAAUCUCAUUUCGUUAUGUGUCUUUCUCAAAAAGUUUGGGACUAGUCACUGUCUCAGCAGGUCACUUACCUUCCUGAAUGGGGAUCACUCCACUCAGUAUCAGGUGAUGAUCUCUGUCCCAGGGGGCUCCUUGGACCAAGGGACUAUUUUACAAAGUGGGGGCUCAGGGUGGGGGGAGGGUUGGUCUAUUUUUGAUAUCAAACAUUCCAAUGCAAUGUUCUCCUUAGAGGUUCCCCCACCCUCUUUGUUAACGUUUAUUGUGAGAAACAUCACGUAUGUUCUUCUCUAUUUUCGUAUAAUAAAUGGGCUUUGCUUACCAACAUCACAAUGGCAGAGACAGAAACGCACUGUACAAAACUGCAGGAAGAUUCAGACUUCCAUCAGAAAACAACUUUCUAAAACAAGUUCUUGAGUUUCCUGUUGUCUUCUCUUUGAAUUUGUAGUGCAUAUGUUAAAGUGUGUCUAUCCUUGACAGUACUGAGUCGUGUGCCACUGCUGUACCUGAUGUAUCCAAUCUGGAUUAAAUGGCAUGUAUGCCACAAACCCCA